UUUCAAGGAUCACCCGGUGUUAAAGGAUAUGCUGUAAUAUUUUGGAUACAUCCUGGAGAUUUUUCACAUGGAUCACCGAUAGACAUUGAACCUUUCCAGAUCGUGUUUAAGCAAAAAAUAAUAGUUGUGACGUUUUCAUACCGCUUAAAUAUUUUUGGUUUUUUAUCAACGGCGGAUGGUGAAGCCCAAGGUAACUUCGGAUUAAUGGAUCAGUCUGCUGCGCUUUUUUGGGUGAAAAAAAAUAUCAAUCAUUUUGGCGGAAAUGAAAAUAAAAUUACAAUAAUGGGACACUCCGCCGGUGCGAUUAGUGUCGGAUUGCACUUAAUAUCUGAAGAAUGGUCAAAAGGUGGUUAUUCAGGGGCAAUUAUGAUGUCUGGAAAUCCAAUAACUGACAAAGUCGUGCGCGAUCCGAAAGAUUAUACCGAAUCCUUGGACUCAAUAUCAACACUAUUUGGCUGUAAUAGAAGACCAACGUCAAUGCUUUUAACGUGUUUGAGAAAAGUUGAUGCAAAAACACUGAUUACAAAUCUUCCAGAAGUGGAAUGGGGGCCUGUAAUCGAUUAUGGCCUUAGUAAUACAUCAGCGCACUUCAUUAAAGACUAUCCUCGAAAAAUAUUCAAAGAAGGAAACUUUCAAAAUGUUCCCAUUUUAAUUGGCGCAACUAAUAUGGAGGACAUUUUUAAUUUGGUUGAUGAUAUAACAAAUCCCAAGUUAAAUGGUGAUGACUUUCUUCAUGUUGUUGAUGAAAUAUCUAAACAUGACCUUAAAGCUAAUACUGAAAGUGAUGAAAACUAUUAA